UCCAGCUUCUCAGCCAAUGGUCGUUCAGAUCCUCAGCCAUUGGUCGUCCCGCUCCUCAGCCAUUGGUCGUCCAGCUUCCUUAGCCAAUGGGCGUCCAGCUCCCCAGUCUGCCCGGAAUUUUGAAUCCAGAUCGUCGGUUGAAUUCGGUACGACGCCUCGACGAUGGACUUAACGUUUACACUCGCUUCACACUUUUAUCCAGCUUUUCCCAAACCUUGUGCGGUCUUAUAAGGGCAAAUCGUUCGGUUAUUUGUUAGUUUCAUUCAAAAGGUUGUGGCUUGUCCGUUUGAGGGGAACAGAGACCGUGACAGGUUACGUAGUGUAGCUCGAGCGCCAGCUGUGGCGAUUAGCUUAGCUUAAGCUAGGUAGCUAGGCUAGCGGAACGCAGCUCCACAAGUAAACCCCACCGAGAGGUUUUUACAACGUCUCCGAGGCCUUUGCAACGCUGUCUGUAAGAUUAUUAUUGAGUGUGAAAGCUGCGUCUUGCCCGUAUAAAAUAAGAUAAGCCGCCGUGCUGUUGUGUAGCGGUUAGCUAGGCUCGCUAGCGUCAUCUGGUCCUCACGCCGAGGCGUUGUCACCGUCUGAAGGAGCUUGUUCGCAGAAACACAUUUGAACGUUUUUUGGUCUCUGAGACGGUCAGGCUGUCAUGGCUGACAGCAGCUCAGUCACUUUGGGGAUGGCCCGUAGCCUGCUAGUCGACUCUUCUGUGUGCGACUCCAGGAUGACAGACAGCUCCAAGGACCACACAUUCCUGGGCCUCGCCUCAGACGAUGCAGACGAGAUACUGCGGCGGGUAGAGACCAGGGUGGUUCUGGUCGGCGAAACUGGCAACGAUGAGGAACUUGUUAAGGCUUUAGAGGCCAUCAAAGUAAUGGAAGUCCCAGUGGUAAAGAUUAAAGAAGGGGACCUGGGCUCAGACCCGCGCGAGAAAUUAAUCAAAUCUAUAGUGAACAUGGACAUAAACGUUCCCCUCCUAAAGACAGACAACGUCAGGGAGUUUGGCGACGGCGAGAUCGCGGAGUUUGAGACGGUCUUCGUGCUGAAAGACUUCCAGUCUCCGGACUACAGCUACUUGUACCGGAGUGAGAGCCGCGUGGUAGGGCCCCCUGUCCUGCUGCGCUGUGCCGCGCUGGCCGAGCCCAUUCCCUUCUCCUCCCGGCCGCUGUACUCCGCCACCAUGCUGAACCUGUCGCUGUGUUUCACCGGCUUCCGCAAGAAGGAGGAAGUGGUGAACCUGGUCAACUUGGUGCAUCACAUGGGCGGGAUCAUUCGCAAAGACUUCAGCACUAAAGUGACCCACCUCGUCGCCCAGUCUACACACGGGGAGAAGUACAGGUUGGCUGUGUGUAUGGGGACACCCAUUCUUACCCCAGAUUGGAUUCGUGAAUCGUGGGAACACAGGAAUGACAUACAUUUCCACGCAGGUGAUGAGAACUUCCGCACAGCCUUCAAAGUCCCGCCCUUCCAGGACUGUGUCCUGAGCUUCCUCGGUUUCUCAGAUGAAGAGAAAACCAACAUGGAAGAGAGGACCCUGAAACACGGUGGCCGCUUCCUGGAGGUGGGACACGAGAAGUGCACCCACCUGGUGGUGGAGGAGAACUCCGUCAAAGAGCUGCCCUUUGACCCCUCCAAGAAGCUGCACGUGGUGAAGCAGGAGUGGUUUUGGGGGAGUAUCCAGAUGGACGCUCGAGCAGGGGAGCCGAUGUAUUCCUAUGAGAAGUCUGAGAGUCCUGCCAUGAAGAAGGCCGUGUCCAUGCUGUCCCUUACCACGCCUACCAGCGGCCGCAAGCGGCGGCGUCUGCGCGAGACUCUGGCGCAGCUCGCCAAGGAGACCGAGAUCUCGCCCUUCCCCCCGCGCAAGAGGCCGUCAGCCGAGCACUCGCUGUCCAUGGGCUCCCUGCUGGACAUCUCCAACACACCCGAGACCUGCAAAGCUCUGGCAGACAACGCCAAACCCUCCAAGAGCUCCACGCCAGCUCAGACCAAGCAGUCUGCACGAUGGCAAGUGUCUAAGGAGCUUUACCAGACCGAGAGUAACUACGUGGACAUCCUGGCCACAGUCCUGCAGCUCUUUAAAUACCCUCUGGAGAAGGAGGGGCAAGUGGGAGGGCCCAUCCUGGCUCAGGAGGAGGUGAAGACCAUCUUUGGAAGCAUCCCGGACAUUUACGAGGUGCACACCAGGAUAAAGGCGGACCUGGAAGACCUGCUGGUGGACUGGUCAGAGGACAAGAGUGUCGGGGACAUCAUCCUGAAAUACUCGGGUGAGCUGGUGAAGGCGUACCCACCGUUUGUCAACUUCUUUGAGAUGAGCAAGGAGACGAUCGUGAGGUGUGAGAAACAGAAACCGAGGUUCCACGCCUUCCUGAAGAUCAAUCAGGCCAAGCCUGAGUGUGGCCGUCAGACACUGGUGGAACUCCUCAUACGUCCAGUACAGAGACUCCCCAGUGUGGCCCUCCUCCUUAACGAUAUUAAAAAACACACAUCUGACGACAACCCUGACAAAGUCACUCUGGAACGGGCCAUCGAGUCCCUCAAAGAGGUCAUGACCCACAUAAACGAGGACAAACGGAAGACGGAGGGACAGAAGCAGAUUUUUGACGUGGUUUACGAAGUGGACGGCUGUCCUGCAAAUCUGUUGUCGUCUCAUCGCAGUCUGGUGCACAGAGUGGAGACCGUUGCUCUGGGAGACCAGCCCUGUGACCGCGGAGAGCACGUUUCUCUCUUCCUCUUUAACGACUGUCUGGAGAUUGCCAGGAAGAGACAUAAGGUGAUGAGCACGUUUAAGAGUCCCCUGGGCCAGACGCGCCCGCCUGCUCAGCUCAAACACAUCACACUCAUGCCUCUGUCUCAGAUCCGCCGCGUCCUGGACCUGCAUGACACCGAGGAAUGUCAGAAUGCGUUUGCCCUGGUGGUCCGGCCCCCCACCGAGCAGGAGAAUCUCCUCUUCAGUUUCCAGCUUGUUGCUGACGAGGCCCUCAAGGCCGUCUGGCUGAAAACGCUGUGUCGCCAAGUGGCCAAUACAAUCUGCCGUGCGGACGCGGAAGACCUGAUCCAGCGUACAGACCCGGACUCCCUACAAGUGAGCACUAAAGACAUGGACAGCACGCUGAGUCGGGCGUCUAGGGCCAUCAAAAAGACGUCGAAGAAGGUCACCAGGGCGUUCUCUUUCACCAAGACCCCUAAGCGUGUGAUUCAGAGGGCCUUCAUGGCUAGCAGCACCCCAGACGACAGAAGCCCUGUCCCCGAUCACCUGACUCGAAUGGCAAGCACCUCCACACUGGCUGCUGUCCAUUCUCCAUCAAUGGUCAAUCUGACCUCGGCGUUUGAGAGGAAGUACCACACCUUCAGCCGUUCUACCACUCACCUCAUCUGAGCUGCAUGUGUGUCACGUGUGUGCCGUUGCUGCCCCGGUACCGACGGGCUUUGAUACUGCAGGGCCUGACCGUGACCACGUUGGGUUUACAGGUUCACGUCCCUGAAUUGAUUUGCCAAAUGAAGGAUUACUCUUGCGUGUCUCUCACUAGUGUUAAAUAUUUGGGCACUUUGAAUUAACAGGUAAAGAGUUGGAAAUAACUGACAUUUUCAAGCUAAUUCUAGAUGUAUAGGAUGUUUUUUUUGUUUUGUUUUUUUUUAUAUAUAUAAUAAUUACUAACCCAUAAACGUACUUAACAUUUUUAUUGGGAUUCCUCUCUCAGCUGCUUGUUUCCAGCUUUUAUAAAGCUAUAGAGUCCUUUUUAAAUAUAUUAGCAGAUUACCAUUUAAAAAUUCCAGAUCUAACCUUUUCAGUGUCUGUAUGUGCAUAUGUGUGUUGUAGGCUGGUGUGUGGUUUGUUUUAAAAUGGAACAGAAGUUGUGUGUAGAGCCUACAUAUUUAUUCUCCAGAAUAAAUAAUUGACAUAAAUAGAAAGUUUAUAUCCUGUUAAUUUCAUUUUCUUUGUAUUUAUGUGUAAAUAUUGUCCCUUUUUUCUUUCAUGGUAGUCAUGCUUUCUAUUAUAUAUGUAUAUAUGGAUAUAUAUAUAUUUUUUGGUUAUGUUUAAUCAUCGCAUCAGUGGUCCAGCCAGUCAUAGACAGUCAUGUUUCUUGGAAACCUCUCUUCAGUCUGGUCAGUUACUGUCACAUAUGGUCUGUCAUUUAUUUGCAAUUGAUUUUAAGUAGCUGUUUCUGUUUGAAACCAAAUUCAUUUAUUCAUUUUCAAUAAA